AUAUUAGUACCUCGAUCACCAGUCGUGAUGUGUAGUAGUUGAAGAUCCACGUCAUGUUUGUGCUGCAGCAGCACUUGCAGACAGUACUUUCCGGCUUUCUUACAUCGAGUGACGGCAGCUUGCCUGGUAGCGAAAGAAGCUACGGUUAGCUAUAUUGCUGCAAAUGAGGUGCAAUGGCAGCAGAAGAAACAGGUGUUGAUCUCACCAGGAAGUUUGUCUCAGAAGCAGAACUUGAUGAGAGGAGGAAAAAAAGACAAGAAGAGUGGGAAAAAGUGAGGAAGCCAGAUGACCCAGAGAAAGCGCCGGAGGAAGCAUAUGACCCACGUUCCCUUUUUGAACGUUUGGCCGAGCAGAAAGACAAGAAACAAGAGGAAUUUGAAGAACAAUUCAAAUUCAAGAACAUGGUGAGGGGAUUGGACGAUGAUGAGACCAGCUUCCUGGACGAGGUAUCCCGGCAACAGAGUCUGGUGGAGAAGCAACGCAGGGAUGAAGAGAAACAAGAACUGUUGGAAUACAGAAGUGCUGUAGCAAAGCAAGUGCCCCCCGACAGCCGUCCAGAGCCAGAGAAGAAGGCGGCAGCACCAAAACAUUCAGUAGUGGAACAAAAGACCAGCCACUUGUCUCAGGCCCAUUUACUGGUUGGGGCAGUCAAAAGACGCAGUUCAUCCCAGUCAUCAGAGAGCAGUAAGAAACAAAAGGUGGAAAGCACAGCAACCGGAAAUGGAAACAGACACACAGAGCAGGAGGGAGGAGGAGGAGAAGGAAGGUCAGGGGGAGCUGAAAGUCAAGCAAGAGUCCCAAGCCUGGUGCCCAAGAACCCCUCUCCCCCUCUCAACUCCAGUCCAGGUGUGCUUCACCUGCCCUCGGCGGCAGUUUGCAUCGGCAUCUUACCGGGACUCUGCAAUUACUCCGGCAGCAGCGACUCUGACACCAGCUCGGACAGCGAAGGUAGCGUGGAUGCAGUCAUGACGCCGUAUGUGAAGCACAGCAAAGCCUACAGAUAGUUUGUCGUACACACACACACACACACACACACACACACACACACACGCGCGCGCAGUACCAAUAAAGUGUGUAUAGUAAUACAAUAACACCUGUUUUCAGAAGAAUUGAAUAGAAGUAAAACAAAUACAAUAUAAAGAUUAGUGCUGUGAAAUGUUUCAUUUUGAAAAAUCAGAUCAAUCGCAUUUUUGAAUGGAGAAUAAUCGUGAUUAAUCACUGGAUAUUACGUUCAGAAUUUAAAUGUACUUAAAAUCACCAUAUUUAAUACAAAUGCAAUUUUACUGUCAGGAUGUCAACCAGGAACAUUGUUAAAUGUUUUACUUGAGUACUUGUUAUUUAUUUGCUCCAAAACCCACAACUCCUUAUAGGUAACCAAAAAGGAGCAUGUGCAGUCAAAUGAAAUUGCAUGAUUAAUCUGCAUACACACAAUUAAUGCUGUCAUUUUUUGACAGUUCUAAUAAAUAUAUAAUAGAAAUAAAGCAAAUGUGUAUGUUAAUGCAACACAUUAACCUGCUAAAACGACACAAAUUGGAAAUGCAAUAUUUGGACAUACAGUACGUGUAGUUUUUAGUGGCAUUAUGGCUAUGAGUCCAGUAACUCCAAACUCGUAUUACAACUAAAUUUGACGUUGGUUCAUGGUGUCUUGCGGCAAUUGAAACAAAAUUAAAGUGCACAAGUUGCUGUUGAUUAAGUCUUAAGUGUGUUUAACACAUUUUGUAAUAAUCCUAGUACAGGGGUGUCAAACUCAUUUUAGCUCAGAGGCCGGCCUAUUAAAAUCAUGGCAUUAAAACUGAAAAAUAAAGACAACUUCAGAUUGUUUUCUGUCUUACUUUGGCCAAAAAUAGAACAAACACAUUCUGAAAAUAUUACAAUAAAAAUAUAGAAAAACAUACCGGCAGCGGUAAAGUUUAGACCCACGGAGGAAAGAAGAAUGUGAAUGAAUGUUUAUAACCGAAUAAAUGUACAUAUGCAUAAAAAUGUGUUUUCUUUUGUAUAAUUUUUUUCAAAUGAAUUAAGUUUAUGACAACCUUUUUCCAAAACACAAUUUACAAACCCCGUUUCCAUGUGAGUUGGGAAAUUGUGUUGGAUGUAAAUAUAAACUGAAUACAAUGAUUUGCAAAUACUUUGCAACCCAUAUUCAAUUGAGUGCACUACAAAGACAACAUAUUUGAUGUUCAAACUCAUAAACUUUAUUUUUUUUUUGCAAAUAAUAAUUCACUUAGAAUUUCAUGGCUGCAACAGGUGCCAAAGUAGUUGGGAAAGGGCAUGUUCACCACUGUGUUACAUCACCUUUUCUUUUAACAACACUCAAUAAACGUUUGGGAACUGAGGAAACUAAUUGUUGAGGCUUUGAAAGUGGAGUUCUUUCCCAUUCUUGUUUUAUGUAGAGCUUCAGUCGUUCAACAGUCCGGGGUCUCUGCUGUCGUAUUUUACGCUUCAUAAUGCGCCACACAUUUUCGAUGGGAGACUGGUCUGGACUGCAGGCGUGCCAGGAAAGUACCCGCACUUUUUUUAUGAAGCCACACUGUUGUAACACUUGUCUUGCUGAAAUAAGCAGGGGCAUCUAUGGUAACGUUGCUUGGAUGACAACAGCCAAGCCGGCGGCGUUUCAGGAUAUUGUUGAUAAAUGGGUUUGGCUUUGCAUAGUAGAGUUUUAACUUGCACUUACAGAUGUAGCGACCAACUGUAGUUACUGACAGUGGUUUUAUGAAGUGUUUCUGAGCCCAUGUGGUGAUAUCCUUUACACACUGAUGUCGGUUUUUGAUGCAAUACUGUCAAUCAAGUCUGUAAUAUCAUACCUAAUCAUGGCACCCACCUGUUCCUGGCAUCAAAUUGUAAAGUUAAUGAUUAUUUGCACACAAAAAGAAUGUUUAUCAGAUUGAACAUCAAAUGUGUUGUUUUUGUAGCAUAUUCAACUGAAUAUGGGUUGAAAAUGAUUUGCAAAUCAUUGUAUUCCGUUUAUAUUUACAUCUAACACAAUUUCCCAACUCAUAUGGAAACAGGGUUUGUAGAAUGUGAGAUGUAACAGGAUAAUGCACACAUUUAUCAUUUGUUUUCAAAACGCUUACAAAAAAGUGGGACCCCAUUUUAAUGACUUGAUGGAGUCACUGGGACCCCAUUUUGAAAAUGUCCAGCACCAAAACUGAUGGAGUGUUAGUGCAUUCAAAACAGCAGCAGGUGGCUGUGGCCUGCGGGCCGGUUCUAAUACUAAUCAAAUAUCAUCCUGGGGGCCAUAGAUAAUUUAUUUGCGGGCCUUGACUUUGACACCCCUGUCCUAGUAAAUACUUGUGAGAACGUGUUACAACUGUUUUAUUUUGGAAGCUGUGAGUAAACUGUUGCAAAUCAAACUGUCAUGGCAGAACUUUGGUGAAACUAACCCUAAUAAAUAGCAACAUGGAAACUAUUUCAAGUUGCUGUUGGUGCUUUGACUGUGUGGCAGCGCAACAUAACGCUUCCUUCCCUCGAUCACGUCUCAUACAGUUUAACCCAGCAAGCAAUCCCGCACUGCCUUCCCUGACGACAUCCUGCUCUUCCCCCCCCCCCACACACAGCCCACUCCCAACAACAAGCUGUGCUUUUGGCUGCGGGAGCAUUGAUUGGCAGCCGUGGAAGAAAGAAAAACGCUGCGUAGAACGUGUCACAUGAUUGCUUUGCAGCAAGGGUGCAUCUCGCAAAGUUUGUGUUGUGUUGGAGACUCAUGUGAAGGAUGUUGGAGUCACAGCAUUCUGGGGAAAUGCUCAACUCUUUGCUGCUUCCUCAGGCUCACACGCUCUGUGGUGGUCUAAGGAGAAAUAAAGAACCUUCUCUUUUAA